AUGUCCGCCAUGUCCUCCUGCCUGCAAAGCGUUGCCGAGCAAGAUGCCGAUGCCGGCGAUGCGCAAGCGGAAGCCAACCUACAACUCUACAAUCACUUCACCAACCUGGUCUCCUCCCUGCCGAGCUCGAAUGGCCUGGGCUACAGUCAGCUCUUCCUCCACGGCCAAGGCUGGCACGCCUACCAGGGGGUCAUGGUCGGCGCCAUGGUCGCUGGCGCCUGCUUCUCCCACCCCCCGGACGCCGCCGACCACCCUUUCCACACCCUCGGGCCCCACGAGUGCAUCCCGUUCUUGGAGCUCCAGCUCUACACGAGCGAUCGCGUCCCGGACCUCGGAAAGCUUCAGGACCCAAGGCUCUUCGCCACGCACGUCCCGUUCGUGGCGCUGCCGAGGUCCGUCGUCGCCACGCCGGGCUGCAAGGUAGUCUACGUGUGCCGCGACCCCAAAGACACAUUCGUCUCACUGUGGCACUUCAUGAACAAGCUCAGGGCCAAUAAAGGGAUGGAGCCCCUCUCGGUCGAGUUCGCCGCCGAGCAGUUCUGCGCCGGCGUGUCGCCGCGGGGCCCGUACUGGGAGCACGUGCUCGGGUACUGGCGCGCGCACCUCGCGCGGCCCGAGCAGGUGCUCUUGUUCAGGUACGAGGAGAUGCAGAGGGACCCCGCGGCGCACGUCCGGAGGCUUGCGGAAUUCGUUGGCCUCCCCUUCGGCGCCGGCGAGGAUGGCACCGCGGACGCCACCGUUAGGCUAUGCGCGUUCGACCGCAUGAACGAGCUGAGGGCGACCAAAGAUGGUAAGAUGGAGUCGGUGGUCGGCGCGGUGGACAACAGCUUCUUCUUCCGGCGCGGCGUGGUGGGGGACUGGAUGAACCAUCUGUCUCCAGAGAUAGCGCAGCGCAUCGACGCCGUCACCCGCUCCAAGUUCCAGGGCUCCGGCCUCAUCAGCAUAUAG